AUGGAGCCUCUCAAUGUUCUCAUGAUUGGUACUGGAGAGUACACCACCGGCUUCGUCGGUGGCGGUGCCUCUGGCUCAGACAAGAAGGUUGGCGUCGUUGGUCUCAGUCUCUUUGAUCUGCGCCGUCGCGAAAAGGUCAACAAGCUGGGCAUGGUUGGCGUCAAUGGCAAGAAGUUCCCUGCUAUUCGCGAACAUCUCAACAAGAACAUCCAACAAGUCUACAACAACCUCGACACCUCCUUCGACUCAUUCCCAGCAAACGACAAGGUCGACCCCGACGCUUACAAGACCGCCAUUGACGCUCUCAAGCCUGGCGAUGCCAUCACAAUCUUCACCCCCGACCCUACCCACUUCCCCAUCGCAAAGUACGCCAUUGAGCGCGGCAUCCAUGUCAUGAUCACCAAGCCCGCUGUCAAGGCCCUCGAGGAACACCAGGAGCUGGUUGAUCUCGCCCAGAAGAAGGGUGUCUACGUUUACGUUGAGCACCACAAGCGUUACGACCCUGCUUACGCUGAUGCUCGCGCAAAAGCUCAGAAGCUCGGCGACUUCAACUACUUCUACAGUUACAUGUCUCAGCCCAAAUCACAGCUCGAGACUUUCAAGGCAUGGGCUGGAAAGGAGUCUGAUAUCUCUUACUACCUCAACAGCCACCACAUCGAUAUUUGCGACUCAAUGGUCCAGGAGCGCGGAUAUGUGCCCGUGAGCGUUAACGCCUCUUCCUCCAAGGGUGUUGCUGUUGACCUAGGCUGCGACUCCAUCACCGAGGAUACCAUCUCGCUUCUCGUCACCUGGAACAAGAACGGCGAGCCCAGCAAGCGAGCCGUUGGUGUCUACACAGCCUCGUGGACCGCCCCCCAAAAGGCCGGUGUCCACUCGAACCAAUACUUCCAUUACCUCGCUGCCAACGGUGAGAUCCGUGUCGACCAGGCCAAGCGUGGCUACGACGUCGCGGAUGACUCUAUCGGUCAAUUGAUGUGGUACAACCCCUUCUAUAUGAAGUAUGCUCCUGAUGAGGAUGGCAACUUCGCUGGCCAGACUGGCUAUGGUUACAUCUCUAUUGAGAAGUUCGUUGAUGGUUGCAGAGCUGUCAACUCUGGCAAGCUCAAGCCUGAGGACCUUGACGCCAAGCCUCUCCCUACUCUCAAAAACACUAUUGCCACAACGGCUAUUCUUGAGGCUGGCCGAAGAAGUAUUGAUAAGAACCGAGAGGUCAAGAUUGUUGUCGAGAACGGCAAGUGGAGGCUGGAGUAA